CUUCUUGUUCCAAAAGAAACCAAACGCGUCUUAAUUGAGGUUUCAUAUGGAAAUUGCAUCUUAAAGGAUUCGGCCAUUCGAUACUUAUGUGUUUUACGCACAACUAGUGGCGCGAUUGAAAACCCACCUACAUUUGAUCAUGCAUGCGAAAUUAUGCCCAAUUUCUUUGAGAUUCAUUCGGGAUACGGAUCCUGGUUGUCCCAACUCCAUUCUAUUUUGACAAAUAUUUACGCAAAAUUCUUAUCAAUAACGUACGACAGUUCAUCUGUCAGGAGUUCAGGACAAAUUGAAUAUUGUAGAAGAGAUGAAUUCCCAAUAAGAUUUUAUAAAUUUUUGCAAGUCGUUUCUGGGUCUAGCGAUCUUCUCAAUUCAAGUAUUCGUCUUACCAUUCCCUCGAUUGAUCUUGAUGGAGAAGAUGCAAUAAUUUUGCAAAAUCACAAGAUUAUGAGCGCUAUUAAUGACGCCGUUGUUUGUUGGAGCCACGAAGUGCGUGACAUUCUUGAGGAACUGAAUUCUCGGUUUACGGUCGGUGAAGGUCCUUUGGCUGAAAUACAGUAUUGGCGCGAACGCGCCACCGCACUUGCACGAUUAGUUGAGCAAGUUACGCAACCGCUGGUUCAGCGCGCUUUACACCUCUAUGGAUUGAAGGAGGAGGUUUCGCCGGAGUCUGUUUUCAAAGAACUUCACAGUUGUUAUUUUGAAGCCCAUGAUAAUGUUAACCUACCACCACCUGAGAUGCUGGUCCGUAUUCGUAGUGCGAGAGUCUUGCUGGAGCGUUGGAAAUCCACAUACAUGUCUAGAAGAGCUGAAAUUGAAGCAUCAGGUCGUGAUUACCGAUGGGAAUUUGACAAGAAACGACUAUUUGCCAAAAGUGAUUACAUGAUAAAAAUAUGCACUGAUAUGGAAGGAGUGGCUAGUAUCAUAGACGAGUACCAGAAGCUAUUUGGUCCUGAUACGAAACACUUAGUCAGGGAACAAAAACACUUAGACUCACUCAUGGAAAAUGUCCUACUGAUUCCAGAGAGCUUCAAAUCGCUAGCCUACAAUCCGUUACUAAUUGAAAAUCAGUCGAAAUGGAAUGUCACAAUGCAAAAGUUCCAGCUGGAAAUCGCGACUCUUGAUGCAGAAGUCAAAAAUUUUCUUGAGGAGUCAUUUCAUACACUUCACUCCUCUGACGAGGCAUUCAAAAUCUUGCAUCGGAUUCUCGACAGCCGUCCGCGCAAGGAAGUCGCUGACAUCGUUGAAGACCGCUAUCCCGACGUUCUCGAUCGAUACGAGAAUGAGCUUCGCUUCAUAGAAGCAACUUUCACAGAGGGUUCAGUGGAUCCUGCUGCUCUGGGUCCUCGCUACCUACCUCCCGUGGCGUCGUCGAUAUGCUGGGUCCGGCAUCUUCUGGGCCGUAUUCACUCGCCGAUGCUCAAGAUGCAGCACAUUCCACAACUCAUGGAGAGCAAAAAAGGCAAGGAGAUGCAGGAGCACUACGCCUGUCUUGCUCGCCGCAUGGCCCAGUUUGAAGAGGAGCUUUUCACCAAGUGGCGACAACAAGUUCACGACAACCUGGGCCGGCUCCUGGAGAAGAAGCUGUGGAAAUCCACUAACCCGUCGACAAAGCACUCAUCAAUUUCCCUCGGCCGCGCAAAAUCUGUGCGCUCCAGUUUUACUGUGGACGUGCACGAUUUAAAACACGCAAAUGUGUUUGGGAGACCUCUGCCAAAGCAGAAUAAGGCCCUGCGUAUGUUUGUUUUUCUAAUCGGCUCAAUCGCGUUGUACGCUGACUACCUGGCUCAACCCGGUCAUCCAAACAAACUUGAUUCUAAAGCUUUGGAAACUGCAGUCACAGAAGAUUCUACCACAAUCUGUGGAGGCUGCUACAGCAAGUGUAUAAAUCGGCCCCUUCACCACAUCGUAAAGUCUCCCCAACUCGACAGACGUUGCAUGAUUACGUUCAACUUCGUUGUAGGCAAUUUCAACUUUGUCGUGGACUUCAGCGACGAAAUACUGAAAAUUAUCGCCGAAACCAAACAGCUGGAAUCCCUCGGUUUUCCUAUUCCCGAAAUGGCCUGCGGUGUUGCUCUAAAUGAAAUCGACCUACUUCGCAGAAAAGUCGACCUUGAAGACCUGGCCGAAGCUGUGUGGAACACUCUAGGACGGCUUUCCCAGGUGGAGCUCGUCACUUUAGAGCACCACAUCGUGAGGCUUCGUCGAAUCCUCGCGCCAGCCUGGGAGCGUCUCAACUGGACCAGUCUGGUUAUUGACGAGUUUGUUGGCAAAGCGAACGACGCUCUCAUGCGUUUUUGCUCUCUUCUCAAACACCUCGAUAAGGCAAAGUCGGGCUUGGAGGAGAAUCUGCGUGCAAUUGAAGACGCUUGGCUUUUCAGCGAAGUUCCAGCCCAAUCCCAUUCCACGUCGUCUUUUAAGAUCCACAUUCAACAAAUGGCAACAUUGCGGACGCAACAAUUCGAAGAACUCGGCAGGUUGCACUCGGAGAUGAGCCAGAUCCUGGUGAGCUUGGAAGGUGUCAUAACCGGUAAACCAGCAACCGGCACGGACCCGAGAAUGGUCUACUUCUACGAGUUGUGGGAGAGGCGGUGCUUUGAGACGGUUCACAAGAUGGUAAAGUGCAAUCUCCAGCGCUACCUCCACUCCCUUCAAUUCCCGUCGAAACCCCUGUUUGGCGUUGACUUGGUGCUCUCAGGAUCAGAUGUCGUCAGUAUUCCACAGCCCAUGGAACUCUAUCAACUCCUAGUUCAGGAUGUGCGUGACGCGAUUAAAAACACGCAAGUGUUCAUCCGGUGGCAACCGGGCACCUGCGUGCCCAGCCAAGGCAUCAAGAUUCCUGGACAAGACGACCUGUUUUACUUCAACUUUAAUCAAGAUAUCAUCAAGUCCGAGGGUGUACGGGACGUCUUUCAGCAGAUCGACCGAGUUGUCUUUACAGCCGCUGAAGAACUUAAACGUCGUCAAGAGAGGUACCGUCCGUACAAGCACCUCCUCACAUCCCACAAGAAAUCCCGCGUAGAAAAGUGGAAAGGCUCCAUGCCCAGUGUGACAGCGAUUCACCAACGCAUCGAGGACAUUUCAGCUAGACUGGAUGAACUACUUUCGCGUGUAACCGAUCAACAAAUCGGGUUCUUCACCCUUCGCACCAACCUCCUGGUGCAUGGUAUUCGUAGCCACGCGGAAAAGUGGGUCAUGAGUUACGGCGACCUCUUCCGCGAACGCGUCCACGCAGCCAGUCAACACCUUCAAGAGACGGUACAAAAUUUAACCUCGCGGCUCAAACUACAACCUUCCAACCAAUCACAGCUCAGGGAGUUGAUGCAAACGCUCCGAGACGUCCAAGAUGCGCGAAGUGACUGUGAAGAGCAGUUGGCCACCAUCGAUGAGUGUCAUCGCCUCCUUCAGCUUCAUGGGCUAGAAGUUUCUGCGAGCGAAGUCGACGAGGCCAACGCGGUGCGCAGGUCCUGGAUUAACAUCCUGAAGCAGGCUCGCGCCACGGAACGCGGCAUCACCGCAGUAAAGAAGCGCUUCAAGAACUCCACUAAGCUGGAGGCUAUGCGGUUCGCGAGGGACGUAAGGUCCUUUGUUCAGAGGUUCAACGAAUCCGGACCAGGUGCUGUCUCCGAUGAUCUCGAAAGUGGUCUAGCGCUAAUGAAAAAAUAUCAAGAAGAAGUACGGAGUGUGGAGACAAGACUUCACGACUUGCUUUCAGCUGAAAGACUAUUUGAAUUGCCCAUCUCCUUCUCUGACGACCUCCUCCACGUUCAGCACCAGAUGCAGGCAUUGGAAAGGAUCUACAAGAUCUAUGAGGAACUGAGGACCCUUCAGGAGGAAUGGUCCAAGGUGUUGUGGCGGGACGCUCACUUCUCAGUUCUGCAGGAUGAAGUGGAGGCCCUUCAGCUGAAGGCUCGGAAGCUGCCCAAGGCUGUCCGCGAUCUGGCGGUUUGUAAGGCGCUUGAAGUUGCACUGGGUGGAUUCGACGAUUCCGUAUCUUUAUUCAAAGACCUCAAACACGAGGCCUUGAGACAACGCCACUGGGAGAUGUUGAUGGAGCGUGUAAAGCAUGGAUUCGCCUUGAAAUCUGAAGAGUUAACUCUGGGCGAUGUUUUUGCAAUGGAACUCAACCGCUUCCGCGGUGACAUCGAUGAGGUUCUUGGCAUUGCAGUCAAGGAAUUCGCAAUCGAAAAGGAUUUCUCGAACAUCAUGGACGUCUGGAAUUCCCUCCAACUGGAGGUGAAGGAGUACGUCAGGGAUGGUGAGAAACGCGGUUUCAUUUUGACCGGUGUGGACGAUCUAAUGCAGACACUGGACGACAACUCCAUCAGUCUGCAGUCCAUGGGGGCUAGCACAUUCUCCGCACCAUUCAUCACGGAGAUCCGCACGCUGGAGAAGCAGCUGAGUCAAGUCAGCGAAGUGCUCGAGCUGUGGACCCUCGUCCAGCGCAAGUGGCUUCACCUGGAGGGCAUUUUCUCCGCUGGUGACAUCCGCUCCCACUUGCCAAAAGAGGCCGAGAAGUUUGAUAAACUUGACUCACUUUUCAAACAGGCCAUCCAAGACGCUGCAAAGGAGCCGGAAGUGAGUGCGUGUUGCCUUAAACCGGGACGUGCAACGCAACUGCAGACAAUCAGCGCUGGUUUCGAAGCCUGUCAAAAAUCGCUGGCAAACUAUCUCAAAUCAAAACGCAACGCGUUUCCACGGUUCUACUUCAUAUCUGACGACGAACUUCUCGUGAUUCUAGGUUCAAGUGAAAUCGACAAUGUGCAAGAAAGUAUGAUAAAGAUGUUUGACAAUGUGUUACGUCUGGACCUCACUAGAACCGAAAAUGGAGUACAGCUUGCCAUUGGAAUGCAGUCAAGCGAGGGAGAGCACAUGGAGUUUCGUAAUCCCGUGGAAUGCGCUGGUCGCAUUGACGAAUGGUUGACACAAGUCGAAGCUGAAAUGGUAACGAGCAACCGGAGAAUAACAAAGAAGGCCAUCUAUCGCUACUGCGAUGCGCAGCCAAGAGUCGAAUGGGCCCUGCGUCAUCAGGGCAUGGUGGUGCUUGCCUCCAGCCAGGUUUGGUGGACGUGGGAAGUGGAGGAGGCGUUUCGACGCCUUGGGUCUAACGAGGACAAGACCGCCCUGAAGGCCUACGCCAAGCACCUUCGAGGCCAGCUCAAGGAAGUCGUCGCGCGGAUUCGCGCAGACCUCUCGCCGAACGACCGCACCAAGCUCACUACCCUUCUUAUCGUGGACGUCCACGCUCGCGAUGUGGUGAAUUCGUUCGUGCGCGACAGUGUCACCGAGGUCAACGAAUUUGAGUGGCAGUCUCAGCUGCGAUUCUAUUGGUGCAAACCAACGGACCACUUGAAUAUCCACCAAUGCAAUGCCAAGUUCGUCUACGGCUACGAGUAUAUGGGGCUGAACGGUAGAUUAGUCAUCACCCCACUCACUGAUCGCAUUUACCUCACAUUAACUCAGGCCCUCUCAAUGAACUUGGGUGGUGCAGCAACUGGUCCAGCGGGCACAGGAAAAACCGAGACUGUCAAGGACUUGGCGAAGGUGCUCGGCGUCUUCUGUCUAGUCACGAAUUGCGGCGAGGCGAUGGACUACCAGGCGGUGGGAAAAAUCUUCGCCGGUUUGUGUCAAGUCGGCGCUUGGGGCUGCUUCGACGAGUUCAACCGCAUUGAAGUUGGUGUGCUGUCGGUGGUGUCCACGCAACUUCGUCUCAUUCAAGCAGCCCUCAUUCAAAGAGCCUCCAAGUUUUCAUUCGAAGGCGAAGACAUGGUAUUUAAUCCACGCGUGGGCGUUUUUAUCACCAUGAACCCCGGGUAUGCGGGGAGAACGGAGUUGCCGGAGACGGUGAAGGUCAUGUUUCGUCAGGUGGCUGUUGCAGUGCCCGAUCGAGAGUUGAUUUGCGAGGUGAUGCUCUUUGCCCAGGGCUUCUUGCAAGCCCGAGCACUCGCUGUGAAGAUGCACGCGCUGUACAACCUCGCGGAGCGUCAGUUGUCGAAACAGCACCACUACGAUUUCAGCAUGAGAGCGCUCAAGUCGGUGCUUUUAAUGGCCGGAGAGUUACGACGAAGAGAAUCCUCCAUGGACGAAUUUGGGUUGCUAAUGAAGGCUCUUAGAAUCGUGAAUCUGCCCAAAUUUCUCCAUGAAGAUGUUCUACUCUUUUCAGACCUCGUCGGUGACAUUUUCCCAGGACUUCCCUGUCCCAAAUCGCAAGAUUCAGAAUUCACUAAAGCCCUUGAAGACUGGCUGUGUGGUGAAGGCUACGUCUCACUUCCGCAGCAACUGGAGAAGAUGGUGCAACUGUCUGAGACAAUGCAGACACGACACACGACUAUGGUGGUUGGAUCCACGUGUGGAGGCAAGACGGUGGUUAUUGAGGCUGUGUGUGGGGCUCACACACAGCUAGGAACUCCAACAAAUUUGAUCACGAUAAAUCCAAAAGACAGGAGCGUCGAUGAGCUCUACGGCGUGCUGGAUCUGAACACUCGAGAUUGGACCGAUGGUCUGCUCUCAAAAAUCUUCCGUGACGCCAACAAGCCAUCCGAAAACAAGGGUACCACUUUUAUUCUAUUUGACGGUGACGUGGAUGCUCUCUGGGUAGAGAACAUGAAUUCAGUGAUGGACGACAAUCGAUUGCUCACCCUACCUAACGGCGAAAGAAUACGUCUCCAACCCAACUGUUACCUUCUGUUCGAGGUCGGCGACCUGGAAUACGCGUCGCCAGCCACGGUUUCCAGAUGUGGCAUGGUUUACGUCGAUCCACGCGACCUUGACUACUCAGUCGUGUGGCAACGAUGGUUGUUAUCCCAGAAGGCCUUCAGUACAUUCUACGUUCAAAUUUUGGAGAAACUCUUCAAGCGGUACAUUCCACGCCUCUUGACACUCAACCUGAAGACGGUAUUGCCUCGCAAUUCUGUCGUCCAAAUAUCCCAACUAUGUCACCUCCUUGGAAGUCUUCUGAUGGGCGUCGUUGAGGCUUCUACUGAUUGCCUGGAGGCGAUUUUUCUGCAGGCUCUUACCUUCUCCAUCGGCUGCUGCCUCGAAAGUGUCACCGAUCGCGCGGUUUUUGACGAAAAGGCUAAAGAGAUAUCCGCACUCCCGACUGCUGGUCUGGAGCCCGGAGAAUCCGUGCCAAUGGGCUACCUCCCUGACACACUUCCUCGACUAGCAGACUUCUUUUUCGAUGUCCCCAGCCUCCAGUGGGUUCCAUGGACUUCCAAAGUGCCCGCCUACCAACACAAGCUCGACAGAGCGUUCAGAGACAUAGUGGUGCCGAUUCGCGAGACCGUGGUAAUGCAGUGGAUACUGACCAGACACGCCGACGUGAACAGACCGGUGUGCUUGGUUGGUGAAACUGGUACUUUCAAGACCGCUUCGGUGAACCAGUUUCUGCUGGCGAGCGAUACAUCCACUCAGCUUACUCUCAGGAUGAAUUUUUCUUCAAGGACGACGUCGCGAGAUGUGCAAAACACACUGGACGCCAAUCUGGAGAAACGCAGCAAGGGUGUCUACGGUCCGGCAGCCGGAAAACGCCUCCUUGUAUUCACCGACGACAUCCACAUGCCCGAACCAGACGCCUACGGAACCCAGCAGCCAAUUGCACUGCUAAAGUUGCUGGUUACGAACCAGGGCUUCUACGACCGCGACAAAGACCUCAAAUGGCGACGGAUCUGCGAUGCCAACUACGUAGCUGCGAUGGGAACUCCACGCGGUGGUCGGAAGUCCGUAGACGCCCGCUUUUUGUCGCACUUCUCCGUCUUCCACGCAACCCCUCCGGAGGAGACGACCUUGAAUACUAUCUACUCGACCAUUCUGCACAAUUGUGUGCAGCCCGGCUUCAACGAGGAGAUCACCCAGGCAUUGUCGCCUGUCACACAGGCCACGCUGAAUGUAUACUCAUUUCUGCAACAGAAACUCCGCCCCACUCCAGUCAAAUUUCACUGCAUCUUUAGUCUUCGCGAUCUGAGUCGAGUGUGCUGUGGUCUCUGUCGUGCUUCUCCUCAUCGUUUCACAACUCUGGCACAGUUUGUUCGCUUGUGGAGGCAUGAAGUUCUACGAGUGUUUGUUGAUCGUCUGUCUACUAACGGCGAUAGACGCCUUGUUCAGAGCAAAAUUCAAUCUGAAAUCGAAAAACUGGUGCCAGAAUCGAAGGAUGCUGUGCUGCGUGAUCCAGUAUUGUUUGGGGAGUACAAAUCAGCUGUGGAACAGAGCGAAAUCCGAUAUUACGAGGAGAUUGUCGACCUAGAGGAAGCCAAGGGAAUCUUCACCGAGAUCCAGAUUCAAAGACCGCAUCAAUCGAACCUGGUACUGUUUGACGACGCACUGAACCACUUAAGUCGUCUCCAUCGAAUAAUCACCACGGAAGGGGGACAUGCCUUGUGCGUUGGUGUCAGUGGCUCCGGCAAGAAGGUCUUAAUCAAAAUGGCGGCAUUCGCUGCUGAGUGCGAGGUCUUUCAGAUAUCGCUAACUCGGAACUAUUCUGAAAAUGACUUCAAGGAGGAGAUCAAAACGCUCUACCUUCGGCUGGUACAGGAGAACAAAAAGAUCGUCUUUCUUCUCUCCGAUGAUGAUGUAAUUGACGAGGGUUUUUUGGACGUGGUCAACAGCAUGCUCGUCGCAGCCGACAUGAGGUCACUCUUUUCUGAGGAAGAACGCGAAGAAAUCAGCACUGGCCUGCAACACGAGAUGACUCAAGCCGGUCUCGAGUUCUCCAAUGAGUCUGUGUGGAGGUACUUCGCUCAGAAGGCCUCGCGUAACCUCCAUGUUGCCCUUUCCAUGAGUCCGGUUGGGGAUACGUUGAGGAGACGUUGUCAGAAUUUCCCAGGACUUGUGACCAAUACGACGAUAGACUGGUUCUUCCCUUGGCCGCAGCAGGCCCUCUACGAGGUCGCGAAAACCCUUCUGCUAUCGCACGACCUCAACAUUCUCUCCGACUACUACGAUGCCAUCAUUGACCACAUGGUCCAUGUUCACCUCUCCGUGGAAGGCUACACGCAGGAGUUCGUGGAGAAGUGGAGGAGAAUCAAUUUCGUCACCCCCAAACACUUUUUGGACUACCUAACCAACUAUCGAAGGUUGCUGUCAGAGAAAACGGCAAGUAAAGACGCGCUAUGCGAGCGCUAUGUUAAAGGAGUUGAAAAGCUGGAGAAUGCCGCGACACAGAUUAAAGAAUUGAACGAAAAACUCGUCAUACAAAGAGCCGCUGUGACCACAAAGACGGAGGCCUGUGAAGCCCUUCUGGCGAGCAUUGCUCAGAAUCAGGCCCUAGCCAAUGAGAAACAGGCUCAAGCCAUGCAGAAGGCGAAGGAGAUGGAAGCCCAAUCGAAGGAGAUUGAACUGGAGAAGGCAAGCCAGUCGUUGCUUACUCUGACCCUCUCUGAUAAAACACCGUCGGCCGCCGAAAGUGCUUUGGCCGAGGCGCUGCCGGCUCUAGACCAGGCUCGUUCGGCCUUGAAUGAGUUGGACAAGGCCGAUGUGACGGAGAUCCGCUCAUUCGUGAAGCCUCCACGUCCCGUCCAAGUGGUCUCGGAGUGCAUCUGCGUUUUCAGGGGCUUCACUGAGACGUCGUGGAAGACGGCUAAGGGAAUGAUGGCCGACACGAACUUCCUGCAGUCACUUCAAGCCAUGGAUGUUGAUGCAAUUAGUCCGAAACAAUUCACAGCAGUUAAGGAGUAUCUGGAGCGAUCGAAAAUUACCAUGGACCAGAUGCAGUCAAUUAGCCGUGCUGGCAGCGGACUACUGCGUUUCGUUCACGCCGUUCUUGGAUACUACACUGUAUUGAAGGAUGUUCGUCCGAAACGCGAGAUGGUUGCGAAGUUGGAGAAAACAUUUCACCAGAAUGAACGCGAUUUGGACCGAAUCAAGCGGGAGCUCGAAAAGAUCGAGGAGGACUUGAAAAGGGUGAACGAGGAGUACGCCUCGGCGAAAUUGGAACGUCAGAAUUUGCAGGAAGAGACCACUGUAAUGGAACGACGUCUGACAGCCGCAGAUAGGCUCACUGGAGGCCUCGGCUCGGAGACGGUUCGAUGGAAAGAGGCGGCGGAGACUCUGCGACUGGAGCGGCACCACCUGCUUGGUGAUUGCGUCGUCUCGGCGGCCUUCCUCAGCUACUCUGGGCCCUUUUCAUGGGGUCUCCGAAACCGCAUGAUUAAGGAUGAUUGGCUUGCCGAUAUCGGGCGUCGCGAAGUUCCUCACAGUGAGGCGUUUCGACUGGAACACCUCCUUGCCAAUGACGUCACAGUGGCUGCGUGGAACGCUGCGGGAUUGCCCAAAGACGAACUCAGUAUUCAAAACGGACUUCUCACAACGUGCGGAUCCCGUUUCUCCCUAUUCAUCGACCCACAACAGCAGGCGUUGAAGUGGAUUAAGCGCAUGGAAGAGAACAAUGGACUGAGAGUUGCUACCUUCAGUGACUCUGACUUCCUGAAACACCUGGAACUGGCCAUCAAGUUUGGA